AUGAAGAUCGACGAAGUGCCCUCGCUCGCGCGGAAGUCUCGCGUCGCCGCGCACACGCACAUCAAGGUGCGCGCGAACGGAUUGGGAUUGAAGGAGGAUGGUGACGCGGCGGAGACCGCGGCGGGAUGGAUCGGUCAGGAACUCGCGCGAGAGGCGUGCGGCUUGGUCGUGGACAUGAUCCGGGAGAAGAAAAUGGCGGGACGGGCGCUCUUGAUGGCGGGCGCGCCGGGGACUGGGAAGACGGCGCUCGCGCUCGGGAUCGCGCAGGAGCUCGGAGCGCGCGUGCCGUUUUGCCCCAUGGUCGGGAGCGAGGUGUACAGCUCGGAGAUCAAGAAGACGGAGGUGUUGAUGGAGAAUUUCAGACGCGCCAUUGGUUUGCGCAUCAAAGAGGUCAAGGAGGUGUAUGAGGGCGAGGUGGUGGAGAUGACGCCGGAAGAGACGGAGAGCACGAGUGGAGGGUACGGGAAGGUGAUCUCGCACGUCAUCGUCGGGCUGAAAUCGGUCAAGGGCACGAAACAGUUGAAGCUCGAUCCCGCUAUUUACGAGGCGCUGCAGCAAGAAAAGGUGCAACUCGGAGACGUAAUUUACAUCGAGGCGAACAGCGGAAGCGUCAAGCGCGUCGGGAGAUGCGAUGCGUACGCCACUGAAUUUGAUUUGGAGGCGGAAGAGUACACGCCACUCCCUAAGGGCGACGUUCACAAGAGGAAAGAAAUUGUUCAAGACGUGACGCUGCACGACUUGGACGCCGCGAACGCCAAACCCAUCGGCGGUCACGACAUCGUCGCCGUCAUGAACCAGCUUAGCAAAGGGAAAAAGACGGAGAUCACAGAGAAACUCCGGCAUGAGAUCAAUAAAGUCGUGAACGGAUACAUCGAUCAAGGUAUUGCUGAAUUGAUUCCGGGCGUCCUCUUCGUCGACGAAGUGCACAUGCUGGACAUCGAGUGUUUCACGUACCUCAACAAGGCUCUCGAAUCGUCACUAUCCCCAAUUGUCAUCUUCGCCACAAAUCGAGGAAUUUGUACCGUCAAGGGCACCGACAUCCAGGCUCCGCACGGUAUUCCGACCGAUCUCCUGGAUCGCCUGAUGAUUGUUCGAACGAUGACGUACACCGUUGAAGAGAUGGUUCGAAUUCUCGCCGUGCGCGCUCAAGUGGAAGGGCUCGAAAUCGACGAGGAGUCGCUGGCGCACUUGGCCGAUGUUGGUGAUAAGACAUCGCUACGACACGCCAUGCAACUCUUAUCUCCCGCGUUCGUCAUCGCCAAGACUAACGGGCGAGAGAAGGUUGCGCUCGCGGAUCUGCAAGAGUGUGAGGAUCUCUUCAUCGACGCGAAGGCGAGUGCCAAGUUGCUUAGUGAACAAGCGGAUAAGUAUCUUGCAUAA